GCCGCCGGUGUGAGUCGCGCGCGGGUGGGAGUUUUGUCCUUCACUGAGGAAUUUUCAUGGCUGAAAAAAACAUAAAAUAACUCAUAAAAUAUCCACCUAAUGGCUGAGAUAUAAAAAAGUAAAUACCGCGAAACGCGUCUUGUUAAAGUUUACAGUCAUGUCGAAUGUCAAACAGAAGCUUUUAUUCAUAAAUAAAGAAGUUUCGACCGUUAACAGCUCUGACGGGACAUUCAGGAGUUUGGAAAAACCUGGAAGACCAAAUCGACAAAAGGAAAAGGUAAAUGGACUGAAAGACAAAGUCCAGGGCCUCGGGAAACCUCUCAAUGAUUCACUGGAAGGGGAUCUCAGAGACUUCCUCAUCAAUGAAGCUGAACUUCACACGUACGAUGACCUCACUAAAGUCAACCCGGUUACCCCUUCUACAGUGCUGAAAUGUCUGCAGGCCAGGUACAGCGCGAAGGUUUUCUACACACAUGCUGGCUGUACGCUGGUCGCCCUUAACCCCUUCCAACCCAUCCCUCACCUGUACUCUCUGGAUGUCAUGAAGGAAUAUCACUCCGCCCCUCAGCCUCAGGAAUUCAAGCCACACAUCUUCAUCGUAGCAGAAGAAGCUUAUAGGAAUGUGCAGGGUCAGGUGGAGCCCAUCAACCAAUCGCUGGUCGUCUCUGGAGAGAGUGGAGCUGGGAAGACAUGGACGUCACGCUGUCUUAUGAAGUAUUAUGCCACUGUGGCCACCUCCUCUCAGAAGUGCCAGAAUACAGUUCAGAAGAUAGAGAGACGAGUACUGGACUCCAACCCUGUCAUGGAGGCAUUUGGCAAUGCCUGCACAUUACGCAACAGCAACAGCAGUCGCUUUGGAAAAUACAUUCAGCUUCAGCUCAACGGCUCUCAGCUGCUGGUUGGGGCAUCAGUGCAUACGUAUCUCUUGGAGAAGACCAGAGUGGCUUUCCAAGCACCAAAUGAGAGAAAUUUUCACAUAUUCUACCAGAUGAUGAAAGGAGCCACAGAAAAACAGAGACUGGAAUGGAUGCUGCCUUUGGAACAAGACUUUGCUUGGUUGCCACAUGCUGAGAAAACCUUAGAAGAAGACUGUUUCCAAGAGACGGUGGAUGCCAUGAUCAACCUUGGCAUUGAUGAGGGGAAGCGGGCACAGAUUUUCAGGAUCCUUGCAGGUCUUCUGCAGCUGGGGAAUGUGGACUUCAGUCCUGCGUCAGAAGAGGCUCAACCAUGUGUUCUUGAUGAGCACUCCAAAGGUUUCCUGAAGAAGACCGCUGCCCUGCUGCAGGUGCCGUUAGACGAGCUGCAGUCGUGUCUGACAGUGAGAACUCUGCGCGCUGGCAAACAGAACGUCCUCAAACCUUGCUCUCAGUUGGAGUGUGGUGUCCGCAGAGACUGUCUUGCUAAAGCCAUUUAUGCACAGCUGUUUGACUGGUUAGUCACUUUCAUCAACAACAGUAUGUGUGCUGACACUUCCAUGUGGUGCAACUUUAUUGGCCUGCUGGAUGUGUACGGUUUUGAAUGUUUCCUCCUGAACAACCUGGAGCAGUUGUGUAUUAAUUACGCUAACGAGAAGCUGCAGCAGCACUUUGUGGCUCAUUACCUGAAGGCCCAGCAGGAGGAGUAUGUGACCGAAGGGCUGCAGUGGUCCUUCAUACGUUAUCAAGACAACCAGGGCUGCCUGGACCUGAUUGAAGGCAGUCCCUCCAGCAUUUUCUCCCUGCUCAAUGAGGAGUGUCGUCUGAACAGAGCAUCGGAUGCGAAGCAGUUCCGUGUGCGUCUGGAGAAGGAGCUGUCAGAUAAUGCCAACUUCAGCUGGGACAAAUUCAGCAAAGAUCCCCAUUUCACUGUGGCCCACUACGCAGGCAAAGUCAGCUACCAGAUCGAGGGCAUGAUGGAGAAGAACAAGGACCCGGUUCCUCCUGAGCUCAUCUCUGUCCUGCAGAAGUCCCAGGAUUCAUUGCUGCACAGUCUCUUUGCUGACGGUGACCGUGAAAGUGAGGGCUCUAGAGGACACAGCAAAGUGAUCACUGUCGUCUCCAAAUUUAAGAACUCACUUGAAAGCCUGAUGAAGAUUUUGCACAGCACCACCCCGCACUACACACGCUGCAUCAAACCCAACCCUGACUGCAGACCGCUCACCUUCAAAAAGGAAGAGGUUAUCGCUCAGCUUGAGGCCUGUGGGAUAGUGGAGACCAUAAACAUCAGUGCAGCAGGAUUUCCCAUCAGGAUCCCGUAUGGCAGUUUCCUCCAGAGAUACGGGCUGAUCACAAACAACAGACUAGCAGCGCAAAUGAAUAGAGAGAACAGCCCUGAGAUGAGCGAUCAGGCUGUUCUGGGAUCUGCUGUAGAGGAUGUGCUCAAUGUAGUCCUCAAGAGACAUGUCCCAAACUCCACCCUCAGCCCUGAUGACAACAACAACAUGGUGCAUUGUGGGAGGACCAAAGUCUUUCUCACACACUCUCUGUUGGAGAUGCUGGAGGAGCACAGGAACAGGGCGCUCUCACAGAAGGCAUUCUGUAUCCAGUGCUGCUGGCGCAGAUACCAGCAACGUCAGCGCAACCUCAGGACACAGGCUGCCACCCGCAUACAAGCAGGUGUGAGAUCCUGGCGGGUCAGAAGAAAAAUUAAGAAAUGGCACAAAGCUGCAUCAGUCAUCCAAACCAAAUGGAGGAGCUGGAGAGCGUGGAUGGAUGCGUUAGCUGAGGCAGAGCUGGAUGAUGCUGAGGAUUUUAUGGAGGAAGAAUCAUCUGUGUUGCCGAAGCUGGAUCCUCUGCUGAGGGAAAGAGGCUCCGUGCAGCUCUCCAGCAUCCAGGAGCCUGUCAUGGUCAGAGGGUGGCCCAUCGGGCUGGCGAUAGCCUCUGCUCCCUCCAUCACUGUGUCUCUGACUGCCACUGGUUUCCAGCGGAUCAUGUCCAUGAUGGCCUGUCUGAAGAUCCCAUUCAGACACGGUGAAUACAAAGUAGAGACCAACCAGUUUGACCAGGGUGUGGCGUCUAUCAGAGCUCAGCCACGGGGGUCCAUUAAGAUGCAUCUGCAGAGAUCUCCACUGCUCUACGCUGACAGACACCCAGUGCACAACACAGAUGUGGUGACGGGAUUCAACCAGAUCUUGCUGGAGAGAACCUGACAUCACUGUUAAAAGCUUUCAUGGAAUCAGUGCACCUUUGAAAUACACUACAUUAAGUGAUAUUAAACAUUUAGCUGCCUUAUUGUUAAAGCAAUUCAGUGUUUAGUUGUAUUUACUCUCAGCAUGAAGCACAAGUGCCUUUUAAUUCUCCUGUAGAACGUUUUAUAACUAUUUAUACAACAGAGCUUCCAUUUUAUACUAGUAUUUUCUGUUAUGAUUUAAAUAAUGUUUCUUGCACAGCUUGAAAGUGAAAUUUAUAUAUAAGAAUAUGCUGCUGAUAUAUCCCAAAUUCGGGUAUUUAAUUUGAUUUGUAUUAAUAUCAGUGUACAAACUGAUAAAAUAACAGGCUUUAAAGGGGCUAUAUGUAAGAAUUUUCAGGUAUUGAAUGUCAAUGUGUGAACAAAUUGUAACGAAACUUAAACGUUCCCCGAUUUCCUAGUUUGUCUAUGAAAGCUUGUAGACUGAUUUUAAUGUGAAGGACUCUUCAAAAUCAAAGGAUGUGUCGUUUACACGUGCUCCCGAGAGCCUCUCUUCUGUUCAAUGACACAUGAAACUAAUGCUUAUACAAUGUUCAGGAUAAAAUGCUGAAAGAGUCGUUCUGUACUGUAAUGUCAAUGUGUCAGAACAGGGAUUCAUUCAAACUAUAGUCUCACAUAGCCAGAUCUAUAUAGUCUAUAGCAGUGUUUCCCAGCCUUUUUUUUUUUUGCCAUGGCAGUUUUGAUAAGUAAAAAAAAUCCCACAGCACACCACUAUACAAAAAUAUAACAAAAUUGCACAUGCAUUGCUUCAAAUGGCAUAUAAAAGCUAGAUAUUAUAUUAAAAGUAGUACUUACAUUUAAUGAAACUUGAGCUCAAGUCCGAUAGGAACACAACAAGGUCAUAGUAUGAUGUUGGUGAUAAAACAAAUUUAUACCAACGAAUGACAGAUUUUGUCACUGAAACAGCCGAAUCUGAGGCAAGUGCGUCGCAUUACAUUUUCAUCAUCAUCAGCUUAUGGGCGCUCAGUGUUCUUGUUGAAAUCUCACGAUCAAAAUCUCAUGAUACAAAAGAUGAAGCGCUAUACACAGGAUAUUUAAAACAGUAUGCUUCAACUAGAUGGCAUAGACCAAGAUUAUUCUCCUCUCUUCAAAUACAAAUAAAAAGUUAGCCUUUAUGGACAUAGUUCUUACUGAGUAAAGAAAACGCUGUACUUACUCAAACAUCAGUUCUUUAUUUACCCUUGCAUUGCGAACAAGCAAAGAUGUCCGACUCCAAACUGCGCGGCACAUUCUAAAUGGAGCCGGGGUGGAGUUUUGAGAUUUGACUGACAGUCUGAGGAGCCAAUGGAGUUACGAGGUUUAGUCACAACCUUGUUUAAAUGCUUUUUAUUGGUUAAGCCCACAUACAGAAGUAAAGGAUAACCAAUAGCAUUCAUUUUAAAAAGCAAUGAUGAAAUAUAGAUACAAGGUUUCGGCCCUACAGCGUGAUAUCUUGUUUGUGGCAUUUAAUUUUACUUAUUUUUUUGGAAUUUGAUAAUUUUCCACGGCACACUAGUUGGGAAACACUGGUCUCAAUUAUACUUUAUAAUCAAAUGAUCUUAACAGUGUAAUUCUAAGCAAAAGGACGAAAAAUUACUUCGCAGUGAGUAUAUCGGGGCCUUGAAUCACGUUCAGUCUCUUGUGUAUGAGCAACAAGUCACUGGCUGCAGUUCACUUAAUGGCCACAGGUGUCGCUAAUAAUUAGUUCUUCAUAUAACCCCUUGAAAACAUUGUUACAAUGAUAUUAAUGAUUUAAAAUAGAAUAUGAUAACAGAGAGAUAAUGGAGAAUAUAGUAUUGAUAAACACUACUAUUAUUACAGGUUUUGUACACUUUGCUUGGUAUCUUUUUCUAUUCAUUAACUUUAUUCAUUGCACAAUGCAAGACAUGAAACACUACAUGAUAAAAUACUGGGAAAAGUUAUAGUUUUGGCAUUGCUGUUGAUACUCUUACCAAAGCAACCUGAAUUAUUGUAUUAUUUGCAUAUGUUCUGUACUUCUCAAUUUUGUUAAUUACUUUUUACCACUUUAGACUGAAAUUCAUUUUCAGACACAGACUGCUCAUGCACAACACAACAUUCCUCCUUAAAUCAGGGCUACAAGGUGUUUUUGAUUAUGAAACAUUUAAUUGCAUGUGCAAAAAGUGUAUUUAUGACCAAAAAUAAUAUUUCUGUAGAUUUCUAAUCUCAGGGCAUUACUCAACAUGUCUUUUUUGUUUGUGCUCAGGUACAACAUGUGGUUCUGCAAACUUUGAAAUUGAAAUAAAAAUCAUUAAAGAUG